AUGGGCGAUAAGCCAAACUCCAUGCCUAAUAGUGAUGGAGUUUCGUUAAAUAUUUCAAUAGUGAAGCAGUCCAGCGCAUCGAUAGAAUUUUAUGAUCGAAAAGCAGUUUGCUGGAUGGAAAUGGAAUGGAAAGAGCGAAACGAAAAAAAAGGAAUCCGGAAGCAUCACGGAAAACGAAUCGAGGACUUUCGAAGAGUUGAUAGUUUCGGAUUUCGCUCAUUCAACGUUGAAUGCGACAAGACAUGGUUUAGAAAGGCUCGAGAUAAAAGAAAGCCAUAUUUCCGCUAUUAG